AUGCUAACAGAAGUUAAUAACCUAUCAUCUAGGAUUGAAAAUAUUAGUAGAAGAAAAGUUGAAUACAAGGACACUGACUUCGGCCCAUUCCUUAUUAUGAUAGAGAGUGACAAGGGAAAAGCAGGUAAUAUCCAUCCUAUGGAUAUUGGGAAAGUAUUUCAUACAAUGGGUACGACUGGAAUUAAAGAAAUUAGUAGAAAAGGCAUGAAUAGAAUUGGAGUAAUUUUUAACACCUCCAAACAGGCAAAUAUGGCACUAAAUAGCACAGAAAUUCUUGAGAAAGUAUUUCUUGCUUAUAUACCUCAAAAAAUGCUAACAUCAAGGGGUAUUAUUAGAGAUGUAAGUAUAAAUAUUUCAAUGGAAAACAUAGUUAACGACAGUAAAUUACAAAAAAACGGGAAAAUUAUAUCGGCCAGAAGACUUAACAAAAGAGUUUUAGAUAGCAAUGGGACCGUUACAUACAUUCCAACAGGAACUGUACAACUACUCUUUGACGUAAGAACUCCCCCUAAAGAAAUAAUUAUCUAUUUAAACUUGGUAACAGUAGAUCCAUACAUCCCUCCUGUGCAGCAAUGUUUCAAAUGCCUAAGAUUUGGGCACUCACAAAGACAGUGCAGAGGAAAAGCAAGAUGCCCGAAAUGUUCCGAUGAACAUACAUUUCAAAACUGCACAGUUUCUGUACCAAAAUGCCUAUACUGCGAUCUCGAACACCUUGCCACAAAUAAAAUUUGCAAAGAAUUCGAAAGACAAAAAAAGAUAAAUGAAGUAAUGGUCUUCCAAGAUCUCACCUUUUUUGAAGCUGCCAAGCUGUUUCCCCAAAUUAAGGAAAAGCCAGAAAAUUCGAGAAUGUUUCAGAGAAGUAGGGAUUUUCUUUCUUUACUAUCCAGUUCACCCAGAGCAUUUACUCAAGCACUUUAA